AUACACUGACCAAUCGCUGGAUGCUCAAUGCCGUCCUUCUGUAAAACCACUCCGGGUGGAAAGUGCAAAACAUGUGAGAGAGCGUUUUCACAUGUCAACGACUGCAGAAUAGAAAUAAUUUCGGCAGUAUUUGCCCAUUAAAGUACUAAGUAAAUUCGUUUUAUCGGCCUGGGAAAAAGGUUAUAAUUCUUCUGAUAAAUCUGAAUUGAGAAGGAGUUGGAGGAUCCGAUCCAUAAGCAUGAGCUUGCUGCCUCGCACCGCUGAGGAGUUCAGCUCGGCGGACUACUGGGAGCGCUUUUUCCGUAAAAGAGGAGAGAAGGCUUUCGAGUGGUACGGAGACUACAACUCCCUCUGCGGUGUACUGCAUAAAUACUUUAAACCUCGUGAUAAGGUGUUGGUGGUGGGCUGUGGUAACUCUGAGCUGAGUGAACAGCUCUAUGAUGUUGGCUACCAUCAGUUAACCAACAUUGACAUCAGCGAAACGGUGGUGUCGCACAUGAACCAGAGGAACGCAGAGCACCGUCCUGACCUGACCUUCCAGCAGCUGGAUGCCACCCAGACGUGCUUUGAGAGCGGGAGCUUUCAGGCAGCUCUGGAUAAGGGCACGCUUGAUGCCAUGGCUUCAGAAGAGGACGGUGCACUUGCAGGCAGGAUGCUGGCAGAAGUUGGCAGAGUUUUGGCUGUGGGAGGCCGGUAUGUCUGCGUAACCUUAGCCCAGGAGCACGUCAUAAAGCUGGCUGUGGAACAUUUCGCCCAGGGUUGGGCUGUACGAAUUCACUGUCUUAGCGGACAGCAGAACGAAGAGUCUGAUUCCUCCUUUGCCCUCCCUGUAUUCGUUCUAGUUUGCACCAAAUUCCGCCAAGCGCCCCCGUUUGCAGUGCUUGAGUUGUGUCAGGGGGAGGAUGGCGCUCCUGCUAGACUUGCAUCAGUACCAGAGCUGUUGUCCGCUGUGAAGGAAAGACAGGCCUACAGUCUAAUGCUGCAUAAGCUCAGAGGUGGAACAGAUGCUAGCAGCACACCGUCCCUCACGCUGUGCCAUGCAGCCACUGACCGGCCUCGAUACACUCUGAUGGUGCAGGAUAGCCUGCCCUCUGCCAAGCUGCCACGGAGUAAUCACUUCGCCAUCUUUAUUG